AUGAAUACUACUACUAAUACUACUAAUACUACUAUUACUACUGCUACUCCUCCUCCUACUACUACUACCACUACUAAUACUACUAAUACUACUACUACCACUACUACCACUACUACUACUACUACUACUACUACUACUACUACUACUACUACUACUACCACUACUACUACUACUACUACUACUACUACUACUACUACUACUACUACUACUACUACUACUACUACUACUACUACUAAUAAUAAUAAUAAUAAUAAUAAUAAUAAUAAUAAUAAUAAUAAUAAUAAUAAUGAGCCAAAAUUUAAAACUUUUACACCUUUAGGCAUUUACCAGAAGAAAAAAGGUAAUUAG